UUUCUUUGGGUUUGAUUAUGUUACUUUUGGCGUCUUACACCCGAGUCAUUGGGGAAUAUUGUUUGUUUUUCCUCUCCAUUUGGGCUUUGAUGGGAUUUCGUUUUCUACUUGUUUUGAAUACAUGAAAUGGCUUUGAAAUUGCUGGAACUUCUAUAUUAUUACGUCCGAAACCUCUGUCUUAUUUGUGUUUAUACGUUAGUUUUAGGGGUACGCUCUUUAUGUUUGUAACUUGGUUCUUGGGCUUUUACAUUUUCGAAAUUUUGGCUGCCUUCUUUGUUGGGUUUGUCUCUGUCAUGAUUUAUUCGAUUGCUCUCAACCUCUCCGCUCCCUCACAUAUGCUUUAUCAGGAAACUCAGCAACAUUCAAAAUAUGCUCAUUCUAAGAGAUGGAAAAGUCGCCAGGAAUAUUGAUCUGGUCUAUGGAGGAGGCAGCGUAGGUUUAAUGGGUUUGGUUUCACAGGCUGUUCAUGAUGGUGGUCGGCAUGUUAUUGGAGUUAUUCCUAAGACGCUCAUGCCUCGAGAGAUAACUGGUGAAACAGUAGGGGAAUUAAAGACAGUUGCAGAUAUGCACCAAAGGAAGGCGGAGAUGGCUAGGCAUUCCGAUGCCUUUAUUGCCUUACCAGGUGGUUAUGGGACUUUGGAAGAGCUACUUGAAGUGAUAACCUGGGCUCAACUUGGAAUUCAUGAUAAACCGGUGGGAUUGCUGAAUGUUGACGGAUAUUAUAAUUCACUCCUGUCAUUUAUUGAUAAAGCAGUGGAAGAAGGAUUUAUUAGUCCCAAUGCCCGCCAAAUAAUUGUAUCUGCACCAACACCGAAGGAAUUGGUGAAGAAAUUGGAGGAAUACGUGCCCUGUCAUGAAAGAGUUGCUUCAAAGUCGAGUUGGGAGACGGAGCAGCUUGGCUACUCUCAAAACUAUCAUAUCUCUAGGUGAUGAUGUUGGGCUUACUGCAUUAGAGAGGAGGUGGAUGGAAUUUUGGAGGUAGAAGAUGAAGAUGUGAAAAAGCUCAAUCUCUGUUAUGGGGAGUUUUUUUUUUUUUUUUUUUUUUUUGUAAAUUACUGCAAUUGACCACAACAUGUGAAGCUUCAGUAUUCUUCUCUUUUUCCCCCCUUUUGGAACUCUGAUUUCCUCCCAAGUAGUUAACUGGUAUAGGCUUUUGCUUUUGUUUUCUCCCCUUGAAAAUGUUAAUUGGUUAUCUAAUCAAUUGAUUAUUAUCCUUUUCUUCUUC